UCAGGGACAAAUUGCACCCUCUUGCCUGAACUGGUGGAAGGACCUCAUGCCCAGGACCCUGGAGGGGCAGAUCACCAUGGAGAAGACCCCCAGCUACUUCGUCACCAAGGAGGCCCCGGCGCGCAUCUCCUCCAUGUCCAAGGGCACGAAGCUCAUCGUGGUGGUGCGGGACCCCGUGACCAGAGCCAUCUCGGACUACACCCAGACGCUCUCCAAGAAGCCCGACAUCCCCACCUUUGAGAGCCUGACCUUCAAAAACAGGACUACGGGCCUGAUCGACACCUCGUGGAGCGCCAUCCAGAUUGGCAUCUACGCCAAGCACCUGGAGAACUGGCUCCUCUACUUCCCCAUCGGGCAGAUCCUCUUUGUGAGCGGGGAGAGGCUCAUCAGCGACCCCGCGGGGGAGCUGGGACGGGUCCAGGACUUUCUGGGCCUCAAGAGGAUCAUCACCGACAAACACUUCUACUUCAACAAAACCAAGGGCUUCCCGUGCCUGAAGAAGGCAGAAGGCAGCAGCAAACCCCACUGCCUGGGCAAGACAAAAGGCAGGACCCACCCCGACAUAGACCAGGAGGUGGUGCAGAGACUGCGGGACUUCUACCGGCCCUUCAACAUGAAGUUCUACCAGAUGACGGGGCAGGACUUCGGCUGGGAUUGAGCCUGGCGUGGGAAAAAUCCCCUGUAAUGACUUGCCCGGCACGGUUUGCGUAUAUAAAGAGCUAUAUAUGUAUGUAAAAUGUACAGAAAUCUAUUUUAUAAUAAUUUAUUUUUAAUUCCUAAGCAAUUAAUUCACUAAGCUGCCUAACCGCACUGGCUAGAACAGUAGCCCGUAACCUGUUUAACAUUCCACGGUGUUUAAUUCUAAUUUGUCUCUCCUUAUUUUCUCUUCCCCCUCUUCCGUUUUCUCCUCUUUCUUGGUUUGGUUUGUAACAGACGGUGCUUCCAUUUUUCCUAAAGAAAAUUUGUAUUUAAGAAUACCAACAAAAGUGAGGGUGGGACAAGGGAGGGACAGGGAGGGAAAGCACAAGGUUAUUUUUGUUACGGGUACCUGGCCUUUAUAAACACAUGCUUUCCCUA